AUUCAAAAUUUUUGGACGCUUCUUCUAUAAAAAGGACGUUGGUUUUAACUUCUUUCUUUCCUCCUCCUCUUCGAUACUACAUUCGUCUGACGAAAUUGUCGCCGUUCACUUCGACACGCAUAUCAAAAUUGGACGAUACAAACAAAAACCCCAUCGCCCUUUCUUUUCAUAGAAAAUUAGGGUUUCGGUCAAUCAAUCAUUAAUUUUUUUUGUUUCCUAGUUUGAUCCCACAUUUUUUAAGAGAUACGGGGGGAAAACCAAUCCAAUGGAAUUUUGAAACACUUCGAACUUUCUCUCUCAAUUUCGGAGCCUGUUCGAGAGAGAAAGAGGUUUCGCAAUUUUAUGAUUAUUUUUUGUUUGUUUUCUUGCCUAAAGCAACACAAACAAAUCUGUACGCUCCAAGUUUUAAAGAAAAGGGACGGAAAAAGAAAUAAAAAAUGUCAAGAUCAGAUAAAUAAAGAAAUGGUUGAAAGGAGGAUAUUUUAAGUGCAGUGGAUUUGCAGAGAAAUUUUGGGUGAAAAAAUGGACGAUGAAAUCGAUGAUGAAAGGGAGGAAUUUUUUUCCAUCGAAGAACCGAAGGAGGUGGAAAAAUGUUUUGAUAUCAAAUACGAGUUUGAUGCACCCCAAUGCUAUGAUUUCAAUCGGCCAGAAACAGAUUGGGAGGCUGAAGAAGCCGAGCUCUGGUUUGAAUCAGCUGGAAGCUAUCCGUCUUCGCCUUUUGUGAUAAAAUUGAACUGGAGAUAUGAUAUAAACGGGGAUGGAGAAUUUGGCAAUGGCUCAAUAGAUUCUGAUGAAUAUGACGCGGAAGCAUGCAAUUGCUGUAACGAAGAUAAUCUGAGGGCUAAAACGAAUUCCCGGGUCAAGUCAUCUCUAUCUAGGAGUUCAACUUUGAUGAAACCUACAGCAAGUUACUUGGCCAAGCAAAUCCAAUCUCGAGCGGUUCUUUCCAAACAGUUUCAGAGAAGAUUGCAAAAGUUUGAUGAUAAGAAUAUAAGUUCCGUUACUGAUGGCAAUGCUACCAAAAGACAAAAGCUGGAAGCUGGUUACCUAUGCAAGGUUGCUAAUUUGAAGCAUCAAGCUCUAUUUGUGCACAAGAAACCUAAAAAGGUCCUAUCCCUUGAUGGUAUCUCGGUAUAUGCUAAACCUAAAGUUACAAUUCCGAGAGAACCAGAGUUACAAACAGCAAGAAGGGCUCAGAGACGUAGGUCUAAAGUUAAGGCACAAUCUGACGAAAAUGCAAAAUCAAAUGUUCAUUUCUUUAAAGCACUCCCCCUGAACAAAAAAAUUCUAGAGGCUCCUUCAUUGCCCCUUCCCAAGAAAAGCCUGCCUCAGCCGCCGGAGUUUCAGUUGUUUCACCUGAGGACAUCAGACAGAGCCAGGCAGCAUGCAUCUAAUAAUGCAAGGAAAGUACCUAAUUAUGUUUCAACUUCAAGAAAUGAAAACACUGGCCUUAGAAGCUUCAAGUCUGUCAAUGCAUUAAAGGAGGAGAAAUCUGAAGCUGUUAAUAAAUUUAAAGCUUGUCCUCUUAAUGAGAAGAUAAUUUCAAGUAGAGAAAAUGGUAUCCUCCAGAACAUGAACGAAACAACAGCCACAAUGGAAUUCAAGUUUUUACCAAACAGGAGACUUUCAGAUGAACCACCCAUAGAACUAUUCAAUAAGCUCUCGCUGUCUCCUGAAGUCCAUUCUGAUGAAAAGUCACAAGAAAAAAUGGCUCUUUCUGAGGGAUUCAAAGAGAAUGAACCAGGUCCUUUCCUUCUGCAGUGUCAGAUUAUGAACGUGGCCAUAGAAAAUUCGCAAAGGAAUGGGGGGAUGCAGUAUCAGUGUAGGAGUAAAAGGACUACUGAAAUUGCGCGACAACUGAACAUUAAUAGGUCAGAUAUGACUCUAGUGAUGACUCAAUUUUGGGUUGUUGGAAUUUCUAGAAAUAAGUCCACAUAAACAUCUGAUGACUUAUUUAGCCCAAGACCUUCUAACCUGACCAAGAUGUCUUUGGUUGGUUGGUACAUGAAAACGAAACACUUGCAGCUUAUUGUCUUUGGCAGAUAGGGUAUCAAAACUCAAAAGAACUAGUUGUACAAACAGAAACCACCUUGUAUAAAAUUUCAGUUGCCAAAACCAGGGAACAAAAUAAAAAAAUGUUGACGAAUCAAAAAAAUGAGAGGGGGGUUAUGCUAAAUUCUUAUACAAGAGAAUCAUAGAAUACCUUUCUUUUGGUGGGAAAGGGUUUGAGUGUUCGAAAUGAACAUGAUAGUCUUGAAUUCGUCCAUUAGCCCCGGUCUUUCUGAUUUAUGGUUGAAAGCAAAUCAUCUUUCUCUUCAUCUCCCCUUAACACAUCCAUUCAGCUAGUAUUUACAUGGAUAUCUUUGACAUGUUUCUCUAUAGAUACACAUUCUGAUGGAUAAAUGAAUGUUUCAUAGAACACAGCAUUUUACGAACAAGAACAUUAUGAUUUCUUGCAUGUUGUCGGAUAAUAUUCUCAAU